UUUCGGCCUAUCGCGCGGCGGACAUUGCUCGGACUUUGAAUCGCUUGUCCCUUCUGCCCGCUCGCUCACUCGCUCGCCUUUCUGUCCGGCUCUGCUGCCCGUGCUCGCCUGCUGUCCCUCUUCCCCAACCAUCGCUGCCAAUCCCUCAUUGCUGACUGCGUUCUGUCGCUGGUCCUGCAUCCAUCCUGCUCCCCCUUUCUUUCCGGCACACAAUGCCUUGCCGCUCGAGCCCCGUCUCUCGCCUCUGGUUGCGCUGCUGUGCUCUGCUCGUCCUCGCGGCCCUGCCGCAGACGCUGGCAUUCCGUCUCGGCGCUCUGCGGAAGGCCGUCCCCGAGGUGCUGGGAACGCUCUUCCAGGACGGGAUCGUGUGGGCACCCACCACCAACAUCUCUUACACUUGCCGCUUUGCUGCAUUUGGUCCCUCCGUGCACCAUUCUGUCGACGACGAGCAGCUCCCCCACGGCAAUCUCUUCUGGGCGGCGACGCUCGAUCCCGACCAUCGUCCGUUUGGCUGCCAUGCUCCGCUCCUCAACCGCACCGACUCGAACGCCACCCAGUGGAUCGCCCUGGUCCAGCGGGGCGGCUGCUCCUUCUCCGAGAAAGUCCGGGUUAUGCAGGCGGCCGGCGCUGCAGCCGUCAUCGUUGGCAAUAAUGUGCCCUCGCAGCCACUGAUCACCAUGUAUUCGACCGACGAUGCAAGUGACAUUGUGACUCCCUCCGUCUUUGUCAACCACGCCAGCUACGAGCACCUGGUCGAGUCGCUCAAGGCCGCCGAGAAGCGACAUGAAUCUUUCGCGGUGGUGCUCCGGCCAGAGGUGUAUCUGGGCAGUCCGCUGUUUGAUUUUGUGCUUCUGGCAUCAGUCCUCAUCGCAUUCUACGUCAUCCACUCUGUUCGUGAGUAUCUGGCACGCCGCCGAGAGCGUGCUCCACCCGAAACGGUGAUUCUUCUGCCCACCCGCAUCUUUGAUGUGCAGCAAGAAGACCUCGACUUUGAUCAGAAGGCCACCUGCUCCAUCUGUCUCGAGCACUACGAACGCGGCGAAAAGCUUCGGAUCCUCCCCUGCAAACACGAGUUUCACCAAUACUGCAUUGAUAAAUGGCUUUUGGAACGCAACAAAACCUGCCCGAUCUGCAAGCGCGAUUCAUGUGCCCCGGCCCCCGAUACUCAGCCGCCGACCGAGACGACACCUUUGCUGGCUACCCGCCAUGUCUCUGACGACGAUACCCACAGCCACGAGGCUGCCACGAGUUCUACUGCCCACAUCCCCCGCAGCCAGACUCGGGCGGUGCCUGUCGAGCAGGGACAGUCCUCCGUGCAGCAAGGCGCACAGGCGGCUGCGACCCCAACUACCCUUGUCAACACUCCCAUGAACUCGGCGGAGCAGAUCCAAGUCGACCGUUCUGCUGCCUCGACGACUUUGUCGUCGGCGUGCGAAACACACAUCUCCAUCCUGUCGUAGAGGCGGGGCUUGUUUGGACAUCCGUCCUUGCCCUCGCCACAAAUUAUCCUUCAUUGCCCACCACCCCGACUUUGCCUUGGUCAUCCUGGUCCGCCGGGUCUCCCGCCACGUGUCCCUCAGCCAUCCAACCGGAGUUUCCUGAGCAUCUUGGGCCUUUACCUGUCGUCCUCCCUCCUGGACCAGGGUCAUGGGACAAGGAGGGAGUGCUCCUCAUGAUAUCCAUCCAGAAGUUGUCCCUGCUCGGUCUUCUGUGCCUCGCCUAAUGUCUGCAUCGUGAAUUGACUGGCGAGUCAAGCCUGUACAUACAGCCCACUCCAACACA